GUAUUAUUUUUGGUGAUUGCGAAACUGUCAAACAGGUCGCAGAUGAGAUGAUUUCAUGUAAUUUACAAUAAAUUCUGCAAUUAUUUUAUGUUUUUUCCAUAUUUCAUUUGAUUUAUUUGAUAAAAGUGCCUUCUAAUCAUCCAAGGGUCACUCAAAUUAGGCAGUGUCUGUUGUGUUUGUGUUGUUAAAACAUGGAAGAUAUAUUUCAGUGGUGUAGGGAAGGAAAUGCCUUGCAGGUGCGAGUUUGGCUUGAUGAUACCGAACAUGAUAUGAAUCAAGGAGAUGACCAUGGCUUCAGUCCACUGCACUGGGCCUGCAAGGAGGGCCACCUCAAGAUUGUGGAGAUGCUCAUCCGCCGUGGAGCCAGGAUAAACGUCACCAACAUGGGAGACGACACUCCACUGCAUCUAGCUGCCGCUCAUGGCCACAGACCUAUUGUACAGUUGUUGCUACAAAACCGCGUGGAUGUGAACUUCACGAACGAGCAUGGCAACUCGCCGCUGCACUACGCUUGCUUCUGGGGCUACAGUGCCAUUGCUGAAGAUUUGUUAAUGGCCGGGGCUCUAGUGUCGCUCGCCAAUAAGGAUGGAGACACGCCGCUUGAUAAGACUAGAGGACAGCUUGUGCAGAGACUGCACGAGCUUGCAACUCAACAAGGCCAAGAUCUAAAGAAGAUCCAGUUCAAGGACCAGUCGUGGCUCGGCCUGAAGACCCGCAGCCGUGAUGCCACGCUGUCGCGUCAUAAAGGCAUCAAUAUCAACGAGCUCUCACUACAUACUAGGAUUGCUGUUACUCCUUCAGGCGAGACAUGGCGCGGGCGCUGGCAGAAGAACGACAUCGUGGCCAAGAUCCUCGCCGUCCGCGAGUGUACGCCGCGCAUACAGCGAGACUUCAACGAGGAGUUCCCCAAGCUCAGGAUAUUCUCGCAUCCCAAUAUAUUGCCUGUUGUCGGCUGCUGCGUGUCCCCACCAUCCCUGGUAGUAAUAUCUCAAUACAUGUCGUGGGGCUCCUUACACUCGCUGCUGCACGGCGGCGGCGCGGGCGGCGGCGCCGGAGCCCUAGUGCUCGAUGCCACUGCCGCAGCUCGCCUGGCCCAUGACGUGGCCAGGGCGCUACGGUAUCUGCAUGCCUUGCAGACUGAUAAAAUACUGCCCAGUUAUGCGUUGAAUAGCAAGCAUAUUAUGAUCGACGAGGACCUAACAGCUCGCAUCAAUAUGGCGGACUCGAAGUUCUCGUUCCAAGAGAAGGGCCGCGUGUACGCGCCCGCGUGGAUGGCGCCCGAGGCCUUGCAGAAGCCGCCGUCUAAGAGGAACCUGGAGGCUGCUGAUAUGUGGAGCUUCGCUAUACUGCUGUGGGAACUGGCUACUAGAGAGAUCCCAUUUGCGGACCUAUCUCCAAUGGAGUGUGGCAUGAAGAUAGCACUCGAAGGCCUACGCGUCACCAUCCCGCCAGGCAUCUCCCCCCACAUCGCGAAACUCAUCAAGAUCUGCAUGAACGAGGACCCUGGCAAACGACCCACCUUCGAAAUGGUUAUACCCAUUCUAGAGAAGAUGAAACGCUGAGAAAAACUGUAUAAGUACUUUAUUUUACAUCAGUUUUUGACGAAAAUGUUUUCCGGAGAUAAUGUAUUAUAUAAGGUGUAUAUUUUAGAUGCCACUAGAUUAUUUUUCUUUUGUAUUUCCAAAAAAAAAGUUACUUUUGUGACACAUCCCACCCAAUAUUAUCAAUUGGUCUUCAAAAUAUACACCUUGUAAAAAUUAUCAACUAUACUUGGAUGGUAUAAGAUUCAUUUUAGUUGGUUAAAUCCAAGUAUUGUUUAUAAUAACGAAUAUUUUUAUUUACCAAAUCAAAUGUACAAUUAUGUGGCUUUUAUUUAUGUUUUUUUUUUGUGUUUAUAUGUAUUAAUGUUAAUUCCAUUGUGAGCUGAUUGUAAGGUAAAUAAUUCUGUCUAUACUUUACAUAGACAAAUAUAAAAAAAUGUGCAACAUAUAAAUAUAAUUGAUCAGGUGCCAUGAAAUAAAUAUUAAGAUCAAUGACUCCCUAAUCAAUUGCAAAACCGUAUUCUAAAUAUUCUUUUAAAAAUAUAUAUUUCUAAAAAAUAAGUAUAUUAAUUUAAAAUAGAUUUAUAGAAGCUUUUUUUACUCUGACGAGGUUUUUUCACAUUAAUUUAUUGAUAGAGUAUUUAAACAUCACUAAAAUCGUUUUAACUGCCAGUAUUUUAAGUGUUGUUUAUUACUUAGGUUGUGUUCUAAAAUAAACUUACUUUUUGGUUUAAAAAUGUACAAAAUUUUACAGAUAAGUAUUGCCUCAUGUUUAAACGGUGCUAAGAUGGAAACUUUAUGAACCAGAAAAUUAUGAAAUAGUUUUAAGACAUGCAUUAUAUUGAAUACUUUUGUA